ACUUCACAUUGUACUUGUGUUUCUGGAAACGUCAAAUAAGCGAAUCAGAUUUGCUCAAGUCGCUUUCGCACUGUUGGGUGUUACCCAAUUAAUUAUUUUGAUUAAUGUUUAAUACCUCCACAAUUUUACAAUGGUUUCUUCGUCAACCAGUUCGUUAAUAACUAAGAAGAAGGACAACGAUGUGCAGGAAAAUCUUUGGACAUCUAUAUUGAGUGAAGUCCAACAACAAGGCAGCACCAAAUUACCAAGUUGUAAGAAUGUAUUAGUACUGGGCAAUAAUGAAAGUGGUAAAACUACUCUAGUUGCCAAAUUGCAAGGAGUAGAAGAUCCAAAGAAAGGAUCAGGUCUAGAGUAUGCCUAUAUCGAUGUCAGGGAUGAAUACAGAGAUGACCACACAAGAUUAUCUGUUUGGGUUCUAGAUGGUGAUGCUGGGCAUACCAAUUUAUUAAAAUUUUCUUUAUCGGAGGAAACCUUUGAACACACUUUGGUAAUUCUAACUGUAUCAAUGACAGCUCCAUGGGGUUGGAAAGAACAACUGGAACAUUGGACAGAGAUUCUUAAGAAUCAUAUAAAAAAUUUGGAUUUGACUAAAGAACAGAGAGAAUUAGCCCACAAUCAACUUGUACAUUGCUGGCAGGGUUAUUGUGAACCAGGUGAUGAAUUGGACCCAGGCAGCCCAGUCAAAAGGUUACCAAAAAGAGAUAUGAGUAGAAGUAGCAUUUCUGAUUUGGAUGAUUCAGAUGAUACUUUGACAGAAGGUGCUCUAUUAACAAAUUUAGGUCUCGAAAUUGUAGUGGUUGUUACAAAAACUGAUUAUAUGACCACUUUGGAGAAGGAAUUAGACUAUAGGGAUGAACAUUGGGAUUUUAUGCAACAAUGGAUUCGUCGAUUUUGCUUAGAACAUGGAGCUGCUUUAUUUUACACUUCAGCUAAAGAAGACAAAAAUUGUGAUUUAUUGUACAAAUAUUUGACUCAUAGAAUUUAUGGCUUUCCAUUCAGAACUCCUGCUUUAGUAGUUGAAAAGGAUGCUGUUUUAAUUCCAGCCGGUUGGGAUAAUUUGAAAAAAAUAAGUAUUUUGCAUGAAAACUUGCAUACUUGUAAACCAGAUGAUGAAUAUUCAGAAAUCAUAGCACAGCCAGCUACAAGAAAGUCUGUAACUAGUAGGGAAAAUGAAAUAGUAGCAGAAGAUGAACAAGUAUUUUUGGCUCGUCAACAAAAUCUUCUUCAAAGGGGAAGUACUUUGAGAGGCUCUGAGUCACCUUUAAGACCAUCAGUUAGUCUUACAGCUCCUAGAACACCUUCAACUGCUGUACAAUCGCCUAAAAAAAUGGACGGUGUAAAAAUGGUGCCCGGCACCCCAGGUGGUGAGGGUGUUCUGGCAAACUUUUUUAACUCUUUAUUACAUAAAAAAGCUCCCACUCCAUUGAAUUCUCCCAAAGUUAAUUUAAAUAUGAGUGGAUCAGAGUUGAGUCAUGAUCAACAAGCAGGCUUAAGGUCAGAUGCUGCAGCUGAACUUGAUAGGCUGACCAGAAAUAAGAAAACACCAUCUUCAGAUGUAGAUUCAUCUGAAUGCUAGAACUCUAACAUUUUUGCAGUAACUGCAAUAACAUAAUUAAACAAAGUUUAUAGACAUAUUUAAUUUAAAAAUCUUGAUAUUUAUAUUGUUAUUAUUUACACUUCUAUAC